CUUCACUGAUUUCUUCCUUAAUUUGAACCGUCUAAUACUACUUUUUUUUAUAUCCUGUCAAAAUACUCUGCAACUUUUGUAAAAACAUUCAAUAAAAUCGAAAUUAGCUGAAAAUGACACAAACAACUCAUACUCUUACUACUGAAGAUGUCAAGAUCAGUUUAAAGAGAAAGAAAUCGACAGACGAUAGUAUAUUGAUGGAAGCAGAUAAUAAUAGAAAUAAUGAGAACGAGGAGACAACGACCAGCCAUUGUCAUCUUGAUAAAAAGGACACUAUGAAUAGUUUACAUAAAAAACCGAGACCGAAUAGCAACAGCAGAACCGUUCGAUCCAUCUUGAAUGAAGAUAAAUAUUUUUGGAAUCAACUCACCGUCUUGAACAAAGAGUGUCGGACUUCAGGCAUCAUACCUCGUUUAGAACCUGAUUUCAAAAAAGCAGACACCUUAUCAGCUUAUUUGUGUAGUCCCUUGACAGAUCAUCUGUCAACAGGCUUUAUGGACUUGGGUUGGGGCUGCGGUUAUAGAAACUGUCAAAUGUUGAUGAGUUAUUUGGAAAGAAAGAAAGUGGAUGGCGAACCUUUAUUGAAAAAUGUAUUUGAUAUUCAUGGUAUUCAGUUAUUAAUAGAAAGAGCUUGGAAAGAAGGCUUUGAUAGCUUAGGUGCUGCUCAGUUAGAUCACCACGUUUUUAAAACCCGCAAAUGGAUUGGCACAACUGAAGUGUAUACCUUAUUGACUUACCUUGGUAUACGGUCCACCAUCAUUGAUUUUCACCACCCUGGACCCAAACAUCUACACCAAGACUUGUUGGAUUGGAUACAAUCUUACUUUAUGGACUCGGUGAAAGAAAAAGAAAAUAAUCAUCACAACAACAACAGCAAUCAUCCCAACCAUAAAAAGAAUAAUGUGUACAUCACCAAUAGACCGCCUAUCUAUUUGCAGCAUCAAGGUCAUAGCAGGACCGUGAUUGGCAUAGAGAUUCUGAAAUCGGGAAAGAGAAAUUUGAUUAUGUUUGAUCCAGGAAGACGGGUUUUGAGAUCUUAUAGAAACCAACCUCCGCCGAGCUAUGCGGAAGACAGUGAAGAAGACGAUCUGGAAGAUGUUCAUUAUACAGAACGUGAAGAUGAGAAUGAUCCCAUUGAACAACAGCAUCAUAACAUCAGUGGAAGCGGCAGUAAUACAAGUAGUCCUCUAAGUAGUGGUACGAGUUAUAGAGAGGAUGACGCAUUAGAAGAUGAAGAUGAAGAAAUAGAUAUCAUUUCAGAUAUGGAUACAUCAUCACCUAUACCUGCACCUGCACCUGCACGUUUAUCCUCCUCAUUAUCACCAUCUAAUACGACAAACACAAAUACAAGCACAGCCAAACGGUUUUUAGCCAAAAUAAAACUACCUUCCAAAGCGUUACAUUCCGGCAAUACAUCUGCAUCCUCCUCCUCGUCAUCCUCUUCCAGCUCACCCUCUUCUAGUCUUUUACGACCUUUUAGAGUAGACGAUAAAACCCUCGGCAAACACAAACAAUAUAGUGUUCUGGUGAUUGGUCACGUUGAGCAAAAUGAAAACGGCAAAAUGGCUUUUGAUUCAUCGAAAAGUCUACUGCUGAACGAGGAAGAAAGAGAACGUAUGAAAAACGUUACAAGUUUAACAGUUAUUUAAAGCCUUCUACACCCCUUUCAUUAAGUUAAUUGCUCCUAUAUCCCCCCACCCUCCCCUUUCACCCCACCAUCACACACACACACACAUACACACACGUUUACGCACGCACUCAUUCACUCACUCACUCACUAUCUCUCUUAGAAUCACGCCCUCAAGC